AUGUCGCGCCGUCUCUUCAACCGCGGUGGCCGUGCUGCUGCAGCAUCGACCAGCACCUCCACCACCACGACCGUUACAGCUCUUCCUGAUUACGAGCCGCUUUCUUUCCCUCUGUCCGAUACCGCUCGGCAAGAACUGAUCGAGCUUUCAAACAAUCGCGGCGCUGCGCCUUAUGAGAGUCAGCUGAAGGACUCUAUCCGUCAUCUUGGCCUUAGCGUGAGCGAUCUGAACGAGCGCCUACGCAGAGGCCAGGAUCGACUCGCCGCAGUCCGUGAGCGCCGAGAAGAGAAGCACACGGCCAAGACAGCUGAGGAGGAGCGCCUAGAAAAGGAAAUUCCCGAAUUCGAAAAGGAGGUCGAGAGGCUAACACGAGAAUCCGAACGUGCGCUCAGAGAGUCCAUUGAUCGAAGGGCCGAGCUGGAAGACGGGGCUGUUGCCUUGGAGGAGCUCAGCACGACCGCCACAACCAACACAAUAGCUCAGACGCGAAGCGCUGCUGCUGCCCAAAGCGCCGCUGAUAGGGAAGAUGAAGACGAAGAAGGGCCCGUGACUAGCAUCGUCGACACGUUUCGUGAGCUCCGCGCCAAGAAGAGGGCCGAAUACAUCAGCCUUGACGUCCGUCAGCGGUACGCUCUCAACAAUGAUUAUGCCGGCUUUAAGAAGCUAUGGCACGAAGCUGCAGCAGGCGAAGAUGGCCCUCCUUUGCCAGAUGCCUCACGAUGGUUCCUGUCCAAUGGCGAGCCGGACAUGACACCCCCUGGCCGUGGUGGGCAAAACGGCGCCCUAGACGAUGAUGACGACGACGAUGUGGCUGUCUCGCGGGAAAAUAUUAGCAUAAACUGUCCCUUGACUCUACUUCCAAUGACGGAGCCGUACAAGAGUCGCAAGUGCCCGCAUACUUUUGAAAAGUCUGCCAUUUUGGAAUACCUGGCUCCCCGAGGCGAACACCAGUGCCCCCAGACAGGAUGUUCUCAGAUGUUUUCUCGAUCCCGGUUUGAUCAUGAAUUUUACUUGGACGAAGCCAUGAAGCGAAGAAUCCAGCGCUGGAAACAAGCGGAGCAAAACCUUCGUGAUAUAGAUGACGAAGAUGAA